ACGAUCAUGCGACUAGCCAGAAAUAUGUUAUAUGUUAUGGUAAUGCAAAAGGUUUGGGUGUAGAAGAAGUACAACCGCGAGUUUAAGAAAGUAAAAGAAAAAAAAGUAAUUAGCUUGAAGGAGAGAAACGGACGUUAGCUAGAAUGGGUGUGGACAUUAUAGAAAUGUAUUUGAGCUAAAAGGAAGGAUUAAAGGUUUGGAAAAUGAAAGAGAUUCAAGUGGGUUUUUAAAUUAAUGGUAAAAUUUGCUAAGAUUAAUGUCAUUAGGUAGCAAGCACAGAGACAGGAGUAUGUAUUUGGUACAAGGUCCGUGGUAACACGCAAGAGAGAGGACCCAAAAGGGAUUGGAAUAACAAUCGUAUCGUAUCGUAUUAGAGGGAGGCGGCUUUCUGAGAAGAAUCAAAACGCAUAACGAGACAGAGAGAGAGGGAGGUAAAUGGGUAGUGAUGGAGAUGAAGCGACUGACAUCGAAUUGGAGAAGAGUCUUCGUCGACGUAUCUCCACGGUCGUCUUCGUCAUCGCGAUGCAAGCGGAGGCUCAACCUUUGGUCGGACUCUCUGAUUCUCCUCCGUGCGUUAAUAAGUCCUUUCUCUCCCUCGGAUUUACUUCAAAGCAACAAAAGUCUGUCAUCAUCGUUGAUCCCCAUGUUUGAUCUGUAUGGAGUUGGUCUUCGUCAGGCCUUGGAUAUGUCUACACAAGAUGAAUCACUCAUCAUUGCCAAUGAUGCAACGCUCAAUGACAUGGAGGGUUCUGCUGUGGCGUAUGUUGCUGAGCUUCUGAAAGUACCAGUAAUGUUCUUAAAAGCAGUGACCGACCUGAUCGACGGGGAUAAACCCACGGCACAAGAAUUCUUGCAGAACUUGUCACUUGUGACCUCUGCUCUUGAGGAAACUGCCACUAAAGUGACCAACUUCAUCAACGGGAAAAACCCUUUCAGACCUUUAACUAUCAUAUCUACUUGACAAACUGUCCUUGAUUCUUUGCCUUGUGUUCCAACAUCAUUUCGUAUCUGGUGAUCCAAUAGCGACUUCAGUUUUUGUGA